AUGGACUAUGAAUAUUCUGGAAAAAUUCAUGGAGGUCGUAUUUCUCGUGAACCAUGCACUUUAUUUUUGGCUAUUCUUUUAUCACAUGAAAUUACUCAUGCAGUUAACUAUAUUGGUGAAAAACAAAAAACUACACCAGAAUUAUCAUUUUUUAGAACAUAUUCAAGUCCUGAUGAAUAUGAUGGUGGAAAUGCAUUGGAACACGAAUUGUUUUAUGGUGAAAUGCAUAUUAAUCGUGAUUUUCGUCGAUUAGGAUUAAAACGUCAACGUAUAAAUGAUAGUAGAAAAACUCAUUAUGAUUAUUCCGAAUCAACUGAUUAUGAAAAUAAGAAGAACGAUGAAGAACCUGUACCUCUACUUCGUUAUCAUACGCGAACAAGUGUUUUUAAAGAAACGGAUAAUGUUAAUCCAAAUGAAUAUUAUCAAUCGUUGUUAAAGUACCACUGUGAAAAAGACACUUCGCAAGCCCAAUCUCCAGAUGAUCCACUAUUAUCAUGA